UCUGUGGAUUUACACCGUAGCUUCCCGCUCCACGUCCACAUCUCUUUAUGAACCUUCAAACCAAACUUUGAGAAGAAGAUCAACCUGUUGAAGCAGAUUUUUUGAAUGGCAGCGAGUGUUGGACUAGCUAUGAACCCGCCGCACCCGACAGAAGAAAGGGCGGUUUUCACGCAGCUCAAGCCGGUGAGGAUGUCAGGGGCGGACGGAGCCGAGGACGCGUCCGUGUUCGAGGACGUCAAACCCGGGACUCGACUAGAGCUGGACAAAUAUCUCCCCCAGGUCAACGCUUCUCUUCUGAGUCCCUCCACUGAUGAUAAGAAGUACCGACGGGAGAGCGCGUCGGUGGUGGACGAGUACUUCUCAGAGGACAAACCUUCCACCCCCUACAGCCUCAACAUCAACGUCAUCCUGCCCAGCACCACUCACCUCCGCACGGGCCUCUACCGGCCCAACGCCAAGACCCUCACGCCCCAGCAGAUCAAGACGGAGCCGGGGCUGGAGGUGCCCUGCUCCCUGCCCGCCUCCACCCAGGCCCUGCCAGACUUCACCUCCGUCUUCAGCGUGCCGCCGGUCGUCAACAAUGUUUUCAUAAAGCCGGACAUGAGCUCUGGGGGGGUGGUGAGCGUGGCCGCCGCCUCUCAGCAGCAGCAGAGUUUGGACACAGAGCUCCACAUCGGCCCCCCGCCUCCCCAGCAGCAGGUCUACCACAUGCCCAUCACCAGCGGCGCCGACCUCACCAUGACGCUGACGCACAGCAGCCCGGCGGCUCAGGGCCCCGCCGGCGGCAGGACCAUGCUGAACCUCAGCGGCGUCUCGUUGCCCUCAAACAACGGCGGCUACAUGAUGGCGGAGCACCAGCUGCAGCAGCACCACGGCUACUACCAGGCCUCUCCCAACGGCGUCUCCCAGCACACGGCGCCUCACAGCCUGCCGCCGUCGCCUCCAAACUCCCAGCCGGGGAGCCCCGACGGCCAGGCGGAGCUGCUGAGCCUAGCGCCGCAGCCCCCACCGCCCUACCAGCAGCGUCUGGGGGGCAUCAAGCUGUCUCCUCACGCCAUGCUGAUGACGCACGGCCAGGGCGUCCUGACGGGACCCAAAUACAACCGGAGGAACAACCCCGAGCUGGAGAAGAGGAGGAUCCACUUCUGUGACUACCCAGGCUGCACCAAAGUUUACACAAAAAGCUCUCAUCUGAAGGCACACCAGAGGACGCACACAGGUGAGAAACCAUACCGCUGCACGUGGGAAAGCUGCGACUGGCGUUUCGCCCGGUCAGACGAGCUGACCCGACACUACCGGAAGCACACCGGCGCCAAACCUUUCAAGUGUGUCGCCUGCAGCCGCUGCUUCUCACGCUCAGACCACCUGGCUCUGCACAUGAAGCGCCACCAGAACUAACGCCUUCACACAGAAACACGCAGUACCACUCCAGCAGAGCUCCAUCCACAACCAGCAGCCGUCAGAACAUCACAGCAGAUACUAAAGUCAUCCCUAGCAGGCAUCAGGAGAUCAUUUAGUUAUGAAUAACUGGGAAGCCAGUGAGGGAUCGUGUAGUCGUCAGUCAGGGUUUGUGUUCAGGAAAUGAAUCUGACGGAUGUUCUCGUGGUGCAGAAAAGCUGAAAAUUUUCAAUAAUCUGUAGAUUAGAAAGGCCUGCACAUCCGUUUGGUUUCACUUCUACAAUCAGAGAAAGUAGUAACUAACAGCAUCAAACUUUUAGAUCCUCUCAAAGUUCUCUUUUCCUGGACAAAACCGACCGUCUAUCAGACCAUGCAGACGUCUUACCAGCAGAGCUAAUGAUCUGCUAGAAACUCGGAGAUGAUUUUUGGCGUCUGUUGAAGUAUCUCGAUCUAAACCCCACGCACCAGGACUGUUCUGCUCAGACUCCUACCGUGGAUUUGGGACUCCUUCUGAUUUAAAUCCUGGGGGGGAAAAAAACAUGAACUAUUUCUUUUCCUACGACUAUGCUGCCAGCUUCUCCUCUAUCGUCACCGUCAUUUAUCAUUCAGAGGGAUGAACUUUAAAAAACGGAGGCCGUCCUGUAAAUACUUGUUAAUAUGUGUGUGUCUGUGUAUUCGAGAAUUCAACGAAUGUAUUGAGAUUUAUACUUGACAGCUCGUUUUUUUGUUUGUUUUCACUGAAUGUUGAUAUAAGUAAUAUUCCACGCUGAACUUUCUCCUCCCUCCAAGAAAAAAACCCACACAAUCGACAGAAACGAUCAGACGCUGCAUGGAAAAGUUAAUCAUCACCCGGUUCUGCCUGUUCCAGCGCAGGUAUUACCUGUCGAGCUCAGCGACCUGCCAAUGUUUGUAUCCAUGACAUUAGUAGUUGCCAUGGCGACCAGGCUCCUCUGACAACAGCCCGCAGUGCGCUUGUAGUCUCUAUUCAACACUGUUAUUUUAUUAAUCUCCUUUUAUUUGUUCAACACUUCAGCUGAAGACACUCAGAUGGGUGGAUGGUGUUAUGUAAUCGGGUUUGUGCGUCUGAUUGGUUUUAACGGGCGGCGUGGCGACGGCUGAAUCACCGCAUGGACAGCAGGUUAACGUUCACUCCUUUACAUGACAUAAAAGUUCAGUUGCAGCUUCUGCAUUUUUUUUUUCACACAGUUUUGUACGAUUGCCAGCUUUAGAAGGAGGGGAAAAUGUUGCACAAUACAAAAGCAAGGGCUGAUUUCCUGAACUGAAAGAGAAAUAAUCUGCAGAAACCGUCGCCAAGGCAUGGAUUGAGGACAAAUGCAUUUACUGACUGAAUAUUUAAAGAGGUAUUCUCCCUGGUGAUGUUCUGUCUUACAGGGAGAAACACUAAACGUGGACGGAAACACAGCAGCACCUUUUCCUGCUAAUUUUUAAAUCUGAAUCUUCUCAGGGUUAACAGGUUGGUCCUGUAACUGCAUCAUGGACUCUUCCAGCUUCUUCUUGGAAUAUCAACUUUCAAUGUCUUCCGAUGGAGUUUUUAUAGCGAUCAAUAACAGGAAACUGGUUCUUCCAUCAUUCUGCACAUUUGUACUCCCACCAUUCAUUUAUUAAUUUAUUCAUUCGUUCAGUCAACUGAGACUUAAACCAGCUGAGUUGAAUCUAUGACGUUGAGGCUUCGCUCUUAGAUUUCCCUACAGACUGUUUUAAUCACCGCGCUUUGCUGUAAAAAUUAAAAUAACUCAAGAUGUGUUGCCCCAGUGGUGCAUUAUGGAGCAUGUGUUGGUUAGCUAGAACAUGUUUUGUUGCUCUUUAACCUUAUUUAGCUCACUCGUUCACAUUUAGCAUGCUGCUUCUCCACUAGGGGGAGCUGUUUGGUUCUUAUCAGACCAGUUCUACCACUGAAAGGACAGAAAUCCAGCGACAUCAGGACUGUAAAUAGGCGAAAAUGUUUUAACGCUGCCUCCUGCAGGCAAAGAAAGUCAUUAAAAAUAUUAGGAUACUUAAACCGUGGUUUUCUCUUUGUAUUUUGUUUUACUUUUAAUGACUAAACGAACAACGAUUGAGGCUAUAAAUCAGCAAACAAACAUUAAUUUGGGAUUUAUGUCCUCCUUUAGGUUGUUUUUAGGCGACAGUUUUAACAUUCUACAGUUUCAUUUAGCAGACGCUUUUGUCCAAAGCGAGGUACAACACAAGCAACAACACAUUCUAUCAGCAGAUGGCACAAUUCAGCGAUAAACUGAACAAACUGCUACUUCCUGCUUUCUGUUGUUGCAUUUCUGGCCUUUAGGUGGCGCUGGUUUGACAAGAACUGCUAGUCUGACUCUUACUACUGCAGCUGGUGCUUUGUGGCGUCGGAACUGUGCGUCUUUGUUCUUUUAAAACCACAAACUCUAUGAGGAAGAACUACAAUAUGGCGUUUCGCAAUCUGGAACAUUUAGACCUUCUGGAGAAGUUUUUUAAAAGUCUGGGUUUGAUUUUUGACGUGGAGGUCAGAGAAAUUACGAUGCAUUGAUUGGCCCUCGUCUCUCCAAUACGUGGAAACACAUCCUGUUAUUUCAACACUACGACAAAGUUUAGUCCCAAGGAAGCGAGUUCUCGUGUCUCUCCAGGAGGGAGUGCCGACCACCCACUGUGUACAUAACUAGUUUCAACAGAAGACUGUAAAUAUCUCUUUAGUUUUAUUUCCUAUUAUAAUAUUAUUGUUUUAUUUUCCUUUUUUAACUAAUGGGCUUUUAGAUCGGUUGUAAUUUUGUUUUGAUACUUUGUGUGUAAGAAAAUUAUCAGAUUGUUUAUGUACAAAUUAAGAACAACGGUUUAUUUUUUUGUUUUCUGUUUGUGCGGCAAUGAUGCUGCAAUGAAAUAAAAAUAUUCAUAAAAUAAUA